GCCUUCCACUUCCCAGAUACUUCAAGAAGUGUAAAGGCAUCUCCAGAAACAGCUGAAAUUUUUUUUCAGAAGUUAAGAAAUAAGUAUGAAUUCACAGUCUUGGUGACCUUAAAGCAAGCCCAUUUAAAUUCAGGGGUUAUUCUUUCUAUUCAUCAUUUAGAUCACAGGUACCUGGAACUGGAAAGCAGCGGUCAUCGAAAUGAAAUCAGGUUGCAUUAUCGUUCAGGCAGCCAUCGCUCCCACACGGAAGUGUUCCCCUAUAUUUUGGCAGAUGAUAAGUGGCACAGGCUUUCCCUAGCAAUCAGUGCCUCUCACUUGAUUUUACAUGUGGAUUGCAAUAAAAUUUAUGAAAGAGUUGUGGAGAAGCCCUUCAUGGACUUACCUACAGGUACAACCUUUUGGUUGGGACAGAGGAAUAAUGCACAUGGCUAUUUUAAGGGGAUAAUGCAAGAUGUGCAAUUACUUGUCAUGCCUCAAGGAUUUAUUUCUCAAUGCCCAGAUCUUAAUCGCACAUGUCCGACUUGUAAUGACUUCCAUGGACUUGUGCAGAAAAUUAUGGAGCUGCAAGACAUUUUAGCCAAAACAUCAGCUAAGCUGUCCCAAGCUGAGCAGAGGAUGAAUAAGUUGGAUCAGUGCUACUGCGAAAGGACCUGCACGAUGAAAGGCACGACCUACAGAGAAUUUGAAUCAUGGACAGAUGGUUGUAAGAACUGCACUUGCAUGAAUGGUACUGUGCAGUGUGAAGCUUUGGUUUGCCCCUUCUCUGAUUGUCCACUCAAUUCUGCCCUGGCAUAUGUGGAUGGCAAGUGCUGCAAGGAAUGUCAAU